CGUUGAGCGUCCUCUAGCGGCAGGAAGUUGACAUUAUAAUUAGAGUUUCCGUCUCCGGCAGCCAUAUUGCUUGCAGGAGCAAAUUCUAGAAAUCAAGAAGAGGGAACGGAUUUGAAGAUUGAUUCAUAUUUUAGGAUUUAAAACACUCUUCUAACGUAGAACACAAUGGAGCCGUCAGCUAGUCCAGCCAAGGAUAACUACAGGAUGAACCGCUACAAGAACAAAGCACUGAACCCAGAGGAGAUGAGACGCAGGAGAGAGGAGGAGGGCAUCCAACUCAGAAAACAGAAACGGGAACAACAGCUUUUCAAGAGGAGGAAUGUGGACAUUGCCAGUGAAGAGGAAGCAAUGUUUGAGAGUCCAUUGGUGGACUCUUACCUGAGCUCUCCGGUAACGGAAGGAGUAAUUACCAGAGACAUGGUGGAGAUGCUUUUCUCUGAAGACCCAGAGCUUCAGCUCGCCACAACACAGAAGUUCAGGAAACUACUUUCUAAAGAGCCCAACCCCCCAAUUGAUGAAGUUAUAAACACAGCUGGAGUCGUGGAGAGGUUUGUUGAGUUCCUGAAAAAGAGUGUCAACUGCACAUUACAGUUUGAAGCAGCCUGGGCUCUGACCAACAUUGCAUCAGGUACUUCCCUACAAACAAAGACGGUGAUAGAGGCAGGAGCCGUGCCAAUCUUCAUAGAACUACUCAACUCAGACUUCGAGGAUGUCCAAGAACAGGCUGUGUGGGCCUUGGGUAAUAUUGCAGGAGACAGUGCCGUUUGCAGGGACUACGUGCUGAGCUGCGAUAUUCUCCCACCGCUGUUGAUGCUUCUGACCAAAUCUACAAGACUGACCAUGACGAGGAACGCAGUCUGGGCUCUCUCCAAUCUCUGCAGAGGAAAGAACCCUCCACCCGCUUUUGAAAAGGUGUCACCCUGUCUGCCAGUGCUGUCCAGGCUUUUAUUUAGCAGUGACCCAGACUUACUGGCAGACGCCUGCUGGGCUCUGUCCUACCUCUCAGAUGGCCCCAACGACAAGAUCCAGGCCGUCAUCGACUCUGGUGUCUGCCGGCGGCUUGUAGAACUGCUAAUGCACACUGACUAUAAGGUGGCCUCCCCUGCCUUGAGAGCUGUUGGAAACAUUGUCACUGGAGAUGAUAUCCAAACACAGGUGGUGUUGAAUUGCUCAGCGUUGCCCUGUCUGCUUCACCUGCUCAGCAGCGCAAAAGAGUCUAUUCGCAAGGAAGCGUGCUGGACCAUCUCGAACAUAACAGCAGGAAACAGAGCUCAGAUACAGACAGUUAUAGAUGCCAUCAUCUUCCCAGUGUUGAUCGAAAUCCUACAGAAAGCCGAGUUCCGAACCAGGAAGGAGGCGGCUUGGGCUAUCACCAAUGCGACCUCUGGUGGGACGCCAGAGCAGAUCAGAUAUCUUGUGAAUCUGGGCUGCAUUAAGCCUCUGUGCGAUCUGCUGACGGUGAUGGACUCCAAGAUCGUUCAAGUAGCCCUGAAUGGACUGGAGAACAUCCUGAGGCUCGGUGAGCAGGAGAUGAAACAGGAGAACAACGGCUCUGGAGUCAACCCUUACUGCAGCCUCAUCGAGGAGGCCUACGGUCUGGACAAAAUAGAGUUCCUCCAGAGCCACGACAACCAGGAGAUCUACCAGAAGGCCUUUGACCUGAUCGAGCACUACUUUGGAGCCGAGGACGAGGACAGCAGCCUAGCUCCUCAGGUGGACCAGGCCAACCAGCAGUUCCUCUUCCCCCAGCAGGAGGCCCCCAUGGAGGGCUUUCAGCUAUAAAUCAGCUGAAACCCAUUGUCUACCCUAGCAUACCACUUUUUUUCAUGGAGAACCUGCAGCCCAAAUCGUACCUCUACAUACUCUUACCUGAUUUUGCCACUUCCUGACCACCUCCCUGCACCCCCCCCCCCAACUGACCACCCACCUCGGCAAAUGAUGAAAUCUUAAACUGUCUCGCUCUCCAGCCUUAAAAUGUCUCCUACUCCUCAAGCAGUGGACCGACCUCUUGCAGGGUAAACUCGUGUCACACAGACAACAUAACAUUUAGAAAGAGGAAUCGAUGACCUCACGGCUCAAAGUGAAGGUCUGUCCCGGCUAAUUGCACACCACAGACAGACGUCUUUCUGUCAUCGGACACUUAUUUGAUUUUCUCAUCGGCAGUUACCGUGACCUGUUGAUCCAUGAUAUUUUGAUACACUUUUUUCAAUGGGACAUUCCUAAAUUCAGGACUGCCAUGCAUUCCCCGGAGAGGUUUGCAGACCGGGAUGCAUGAGGUGAAUUAUGCCCCGCUACAGCUGUAUGUUUGAUAUAUACCAAUUCAAGUAGUACUUAUAAAUUUUUUUCCUUUUUUUUUUUUAGUUUUAAUUAUUGUGUUAUUUCCCUGUCUCCCUUAUUUAUCUGCUCCUUUUUUUUAUUAAUUCUUUAAUUUGUGCUCGGUUUGCGUUUCAUUUCAUUUUCUUAAUGGAAAGCACAUGGUUUGCUACCAGCAGGAGGUUUCUGCGUAUCUGCUGAUGGGAAUAAUAAACCUAUCUGUAUGGGGUCGGGUGGGGGGUUGCUAGGUUUAUUGUGAGGGGGUGUUUACCCAAAAUGUAGGGCUGUCUCCUCAGCUAAAACUUGUAUGUGGGGUUGCUUUUAUGCCCUCCCUUUUGUUUUAGUAAGGCACUUUUUUUCCAAGUGCUACAGUGGAUGUAGAGGUUAAAACAUUUGAAAACUAAAUAUAAGUAACCGUAGCACAUGCUUGAAACGGGAUAUUGACAAAGCGACCCUUUUCUCCCUGAAAAACUCGGCUGUCCGAGGGUGAUAGUAGUUAGAAAAACCGAUGUUCGUCGUGUGCCGUGAUAUCUAAAGACUUGUAAUAAAAAGUGAUUUAAAUAUUAAGCGUGGCAUAGCUGGGAUUGAAGGAGGACUAGGAGCCAGUGGCAGCGGCUGACCCGAACAUGCAGUAUAUUCAUAUGAAAUUGCUAAAACAAUUGCAAUCUCUCGAAAUCGGAGUGAUUAGAAACGACAUGAGGCAAAAUCUUUGUUCUGAUUUCUAUCAAAAACACAGUCCUCCUUGUCAGCUCGGCUCUCUAUGCUGCCUUCUCCCUGCUCUUAGAUAGUAGAGUUGUUGCAUUGUGUUAUACCGUUAUAACACACUGCCUACAGUCACAGAGUGUCCCUGGUCAAAACGGUUCACCGCCGUCGUCGUCGAUUAAGAAAGGCUGCAAAAACAACUGAGAGCAUUUGUAGUGAGGGGGGAAAAAAGCAAAGGAAUUGAACCAUAGCUCACUGGUUUGUUUGUGUAGACAUUGAUGGUGUAGUGCCGUGAAGCAGUAGAGUCGAUAUAAUAACCUGUGGUGUUCUUUUUCACUAAGUUUAAGGAAUGGGAAUAACAACGGAUAUGUAAAUGAUUGUUGCAUGAGUUCUUUGUAAUUUCUAUGAAGUAUUUAUGUAAAUAGCCUGGUUAGGAGAGUGUAGUCUUAGAAGUUUGGCCAGGGAUACGUGUCAGAAAGUCUAACAGCGGCAUAAUAAUUUAAAUUAAUAUAUAUUAUAUAUGUGUAUAUAUAUAUAUAUGUAUAUAUAUGUAUGUUUGUGUAUAUAUAUAUAUACAUAUAUGCAUAUAUAUGAUGUACUUGCACACACUUACACUUGCAUACAACACCAGCAGACGCACACCUCACAAGUGGCUAGUAGCAAAAACAGGUUCCCUUUUUUUUUUUUUAUUAUUAGUUUUUUCAUGAUGAUUUUUGGUUAAGUUCAUUGAUUGAUUUCAGGUUUUAAGUUGAUACAGAAAGAUUUUCAGUCUUGUUCAAACUGUUUUUGCUGCAUCCAAGCCACAUGACUAACGAUGGUAAACAUCAGUCCCAUCUACCCUAACCCCGACACUAGAUCUGUGCGGGACCCUGACACAAUCUAACACCACGACCAGUGCUAGGUCUUUGUGAUUGGAGCCGAACCGUGGUUGCGUGACGUUUGACUGACAGGCACUGUGAGGACGCUGUCGAUUAGGUCGACGAUGUGCCCAGCAGAAUCUGGGAGCCUCUGUUCCGGUGGAUGACAGAAGCAGCUCAAAACACGAAACCGUAAAGGCGUACUGACAACUGUGGUCUUUGGACAGUAUGUAAAUACUGCAGUCUGCCUGAUCCAGAUCACAUUUUUUCACAACCAAAAAGAGCAAAAUCUCCCUUUGUUUCAAACAACGUUGAAAGCCUUCCACAGAGGAUGUGCAUUUUGACCCAUUACGGCUUCGUGAGUUAAAACGUUUUCCACAGAACGUCUUUGCUUCCAAUUAACAAAAUGGGUCAAAUCGUGUAUAACUGAGCGCAGAGAACAUACUCUACAUGUCAUAGAUGUGGAGCAUUUACACCAUAGGUAUUUGGUCUGAUGGAUUAAUAUCUUAAAAUACACCAGAAAUGUAAGUUUGGGAGGGGGAAAUAACAUAUAUAUGAAAAGUAAUAAUGCACUCCUAUUCACAAAAGUGCCAACCUGACCAACAAAGACUGGAGGUUCUUAGGUAUGUCUUUGACUUACAGAUUUUUUUUUUAUAUAUAUAUAUAAAAAUUUAUUUACUUGAAUGUGCACACAUACUUGUGCAAAAAAACAUUGCUGCUCUUUCCUUCUUAUCUCUAAAGUUAUAAUAGCCAUUUUUUUUCUUUCAGAAAAUGGCGCUCUUUGCAAUGGGCACCCAGAUCUCGGCCUAAAAAAAAAAAAAAACACGACCUUAAAUGGCAAACUUUACAGCGACUGGUCUUGUUCAUUUGACGGUCCCCGCUCUAAAAGUCUUCUCAUGAUUUUCACUGUGCAAAUGUUUUCAGAAUCCGAAAAAUAAAUGCAUAUAAUAAAUAUAGGAAAGUGUAAAAUGAAGCCUUUUGUCAACGUUGUGGCCUGUGGUCAGACCCUUUGCUAAAAAAUGGAAACUACGCUACUAGGAAUGCUAUAGUGAUUUUCUUGUGACACGUUAUGCAAAUAGUGGAAACUUCAGUGACUAUCAUUGCAUACAAUUGCAAGUACUAACUGUAUAGUCAGACUUUGUUAACCAAAGUUGUUUUGUCUUUUUGUUUGUUUCUUUGUAGUUGACAGAAUUGUUUUGUUGUUGUUUUUUUUUCUUAAUCCAGUCACGACUGAGAAUCUGUUUUACGUCUUUUACGAAACUUUUUUUUUUCUUUCAUUAGGCUCUGCAUAAACUCAGUGAAUAUUCUGCACAAUAAUGUCCAGGAGUCAAGACCCCCUUCCCCCAACUCAAAAAAGACAGAAAUCCACUAUCAUACUGCUGACACACUUUACAUUAGAUGAGGCUAAAAAGAGGAAUACUUGACACUUUUGUAAAAUAAAGAUCUGGGAUUCAUGAAAUACUGUUUAUUUACAUUUUAUUUUUUAAGUAUUAUAGGUUUAAGUACAUGUAUGGUGUGAUACAUUGACAAGGAUUCAGAUGCAAUUCUAGUCACUUCUGAGAAGUGGAGAAAAACAAAAGUCAUUAGGACAUUUCACAAAAAUAAAAAGAAACGUGGAUACGAGCCUUUUCUGCUUUUCCCGAUCUUUUUCUCGGUCAGGAUGUAUUUCUGAGUAAUUGUGUUUAGAGUAGGUUUGUCCUACUCAGGCUACAUUAGGAGAAACCUAUGUCAUCCGCGGGGGUGUGAACCAACUUCACAGAAUAUCUCAAAUCCUGACUUGUCUUCCGUCCUAGAAACUGUUUAUGUCGACUGUAUCAAAAUCUAAAGCCAAAAAAUUUGGCUUUUUUUUUUUUUUUCAAGUUAUGUCUACGCCACAGAUGUUUACAAUGCUGCAUGUGUCUAUAAAGUACUUUUCAUAUGCCAUCAGUGACCAGACUUGCUCUGGUCCUCUCAUCUCCUAUAUGUGUAUUUAUUUCUUUUCUCUCGUAUAUGUUUUUCAUUUGCUCAAAUGUAUCUUUCGUAAACUGUGACUUGACUUGACUUUAUCGACUGUAUGAAUGAGUGACAGGAAACCGGUACACUUCAGCUGAACACGACACACAAACACGAACAUUACAAAAACAAUUACGAGAAAUGGCAACAAUAUAAAAAUGUAAAGAAAAGAUAUAUAUUGAAUUGUUCAGUGGAAAUACUGUACAAAGCAAAUAAAGUAAUGUUUCAACCCUU